AGAUAAUGCAGUAUGUCCAGCAAUAGGAGCUGUAGAACUUGGAACACGGAGUCCUCCACCAGGAGGCCAUGUUGCAUGUUCGGUGAGCGGUGGCAUAGAGAUCUAUCCCCCAAAAGACGAUCGCGAGGAUAGUAUAUCGAUAGCAGGAGAGGGGGGCGACCCGUCGUCGAGUGAAGUAGCUUUAUGGACAUUUGAACUUCUCGCCCACUUCUUACUUUGUUAUCGUACGUUUCGAUUUUGUUUGCACUAGGCACAACUCAAUAAACUCGCGUAGCUUUGAAAUAACUCAAUCAUCUUCUAAUCUUCCACUCAAGCAAAGUCGUCGCUUUGAACCCGGGCCAGAAGAUGGUGACAGUGCGCAAGGCCAUUCGACAACCACCACACGCUCUAGCCUUGCAUUUAAAGCGGUUCAAGGCCGAUUUUAUAGCCAAACGGUUCGUAAAGAGGAGAGAAGAGGUACGCUGGCCACCGGAACUUGACUUGACGCCGUUUUAACAUCCUGAUUAUCUAGCGGAGCAAGAGGAGGAACAGAAGCAGAACGAAGAAAAGAGGAGCAGGGGCAAUGUUAUGAACAUAAGGAUGAAAGAGUUGCUGAGUAUUGGAGAUUAAAUAUGUCAUCACGAUGAUGUGAAUAACUCUUUGUGAUGCAAGUUCUAGUCUUGCUAGUUGCACAGGCAGGAAAGCGAUUCUAGUGCCAGUUUCGCGUGAGUGCUUUGGUUGAGAAAAUUUGAACAAUCCUCUAAGUUUCCUGCAGACACGUCGACAGUACUGACGGAAGCGCAAAUGGCUAGUAUGACCGAAGAGGAGAUGCUUGCGUGGGCACUGAAACAAAGCGCUGACCAAUCUACGGACGAAAUCGAUGUUGGUAAUCCUGGGGACAAAAAAGCCGAUGGUCAAAACGACAGAGCUCUUACAAAAAAAGGUGCUCAGUAUCAAUUACAGAGUAUAGUGGCUCAUUCCGGAGAUACGCCACAUUGUGGGCAUUAUGUGACCUGGUGCCGUAGAUGGGAGACCUCGACGUGGAUAUGCUACAACGACAGCACAGCGUCAGAGCAUGACAACCUGCCAUUGUCGGUAAAGACACAAGCCUACAUUUUGUUGUAUCAGAAGAAAGACAUGAAAGAGUAAUAAAUAAUGCCUAGCUAAUAUGCAUAUGAUUUUUUGGAAUGUCUUUUCGUCGUCGUCAUGGAUGCAAGCAUCAGUCGCGAUAAGCGGUUGUUCUUGAAAUAAGUCUUGUCCUCUUUGAUAGUGAUCUUGGUCUUGAAAUAAGUCUUGUCCUCGUUGAUAGUGAUCGUGAUCCUCUUGAGUAUACAUGCAUCUACACAUCUUGCGAAUCAUAGGUUGACCCUUUUCCAUUUGCGCCUUUGCUUGCCUUGACAGCUUGUUUGAAUUUCUUGAUACGGAAUAAAACAUUGCGGAAAAUUGUUAGUCCAUGUUGGGUCGAUCCUAGCUUGGGAACAGCCACUGAGGAAGAUUCCUUAUCUCCUUCUGAGUGACUUCUUAGAACCAUAUGGACCUUCGCAAAAGACCAAAAGAAUGAAAUCAAAGAAAUGCCUUGAAGUUGAGGCCAAGUAAAAAAAUUCCUCAUCCUCUGAGAGCC